AUGCCAUCAGUAGUAAUCCCACUCGUCCAAACACCUCCAUUCGUCCUCAUUGCACUGGCUCAGAUCCAGGGUAUUCCCGUAGGGUGGGAUACCGAAUCUGGAGAGACCGGUCAAGCGACUUAUGGUGAGAUCAAAGGUGCUGAGGAAGUUAGGAAGGAGUUGGAGAAAGGCAUAGAUGGGAAAGAGAUUCCUCUCCCUCCUCUUCCCACACUCCUCGCUGCCAAUAGCACGUUCCAAGAAGUGUCCGGUGUCUUGGAUGCUUUGGAUGAUUAUCUCGCAUACAGAACAUACUUUGCUGGAUCCAAGUUCGGUUUUGGAGAUGCUAUCAUCUGGGGUACCAUCCGAGGAAACACAUCUGCCAUUGGAUCAAUCAAGAAACCCGGAAGACCCCAUUUGGCACGAUGGUUCAACCACGUUGAGACCCUCUCUGUCCCCCAGAAUGCCCUCAAAGCAUUCCAACAAGCUAGAUCUGAGAUGGACAAAGGAAAGAAGACUAAGAGGUUAGAGACUGUCGAUGUGGUUCUACCCAACGCUGUUAAAGGAAAGGUUGUUGUACGAUUUGCCCCUGAACCAUCGGGAUUCCUUCAUAUCGGUCACUUGAAAGCUGCCAUCCUCAAUAGAUUCUUGGCAGAUCAAUACCAAGGGAAAUUCAUCCUUCGAUUCGAUGACACCAACCCACUUAAAGAGGAGGGUGAAUUUGAAGAUGCUAUCAAACAGGAUCUUGAAAUGAUCGAAAUCGGUUUCGACAAGGUGGUUCAUACUUCUGAUCAUUUCGAUAAAAUUCAACAGUUCACUGAACAACUUAUCAGACAAGGUGAUGCCUUUAUGGAUGAUACCGAUGGUGAGACUGUGAAAGAGCAACGACGAGCUGAGAUACCAUCGAAGAAUCGAGAUGCCUCUAUCGAAGAAAACCUGGCAAGAUUCAAGGAGAUGCUCUCUGGCUCGGAGGAAGGUAAAAAAUGGUCGUUGAGAGCUAAGAUCGACUACAAGCAUAAGAACGGUUCGAUGAGAGAUCCCGUCGUUUACAGAUACGUCGAAGGCUCUCAUCACAUUACUGGUACCCAAUACAAGGCUUACCCCAUGUAUGAUCUCGCUUGUCCUAUCAUUGACCACCUCGACGGUGUCACCCAUGCGCUAAGAGCGAACGAGUACUACGCAAGACACGAACAAUACCAGUGGUUCUUGGAGAAACUUGGUUUCCCCAAGAUUGAAAUCUUCGAUUUCAGUCGAGUCGAUUUCGUCUACACUGUCUUGUCUAAACGAAAGCUCAAAUACCUGGUAGAGAAAGGUGUUGUCGGCGGUUGGGAUGAUCCUAGAUUCCCUACUGUAAGAGGUAUUCGAUCAAGAGGUAUGACUGUCCAAGGUCUCAAGAACUACAUCUUAGGUCAAGGUGCCUCUCAAGCUCAACUCUCAUUGGAAUGGGAUGGAAUCUGGACAGUCAACAAGAAGGUGAUCGAUCCCAUCGCACCUCGAUACUGGGCUAUCGCGGAGGACAAGGCCGUUCCAGUCUCCAUCAAAGGUUUGGAAGGUGGCGAGAAGGUUGAAGAGAAACCUUUACACAAGAAGAACCCUGAGAUUGGUAAUAAAAAGGUUGUAUACUCUGAUAAGCUCUUGGUCGAGCAGGAGGAUGCAGUUUCAUUCGGUGAUAAUGAAGAGAUCACAGCGAUGGAAUGGGGAAAUGUCUUCGUAUCCAACAAGAAGACAUCGACUUCAGGCGAAGUGGAAUCAUUAGAAUUCACUUUACACCUCGAAGGAGAUUUCAAGAAGACUUCAAAGAAGAUCCAUUGGUUGUCAGCUCCAUCAUCUUCUAACCAGCUCGUACCAGUCACUUUGAUCGAAUAUGAUUACCUGAUCACGAAGAAGAAAUUGGAAGAGAAUGAUAAUCUUGAAGAUGUCAUUAACCCCAAGACGGAAUAUAGAACGAAAGCCCUUGCUUCUCCCGAAGUUGCCAAUCUGAAGAAAUGGGAUAUCAUCCAAUUUGAGAGAAAGGGUUAUUAUAUCUGUCAAGGUACGAAGGAUGCAGAGGGAAGAUUGGAGUUCGGUUUCAUCCCCGACGGUCGACUCCAAACGAUCACCCUCAAAGCUACUCCAGCAGCUGAAAAACCAAAAGUAGCAGGUGCAUCUAAAGGAUCAUGGGGUAAACCAGGUGCUACAAAGACUGCCGCUCCCGCCGCUGCCACUACUGGUGAAAGUAAAGACGAUACUAGGAUCUUGCUUUCAAAUGGAUCGAGUGGAUUCAAGAUCCCUGUCAAGACUGGAAUGUUCGAAUCUGAUAAGAUCUAG